AUGGAGAAGGUGAAGGUGAGGAAAGCUGCCCUAUCUGAAGCUGCUAAUUUAUCAGGCUGGGAUUUCCAAAAUGUUGCUAAUGGAUCAGAUGAUGUUCGCAUGAUUGCGAUAUACGGCUUGGGUGGAAUAGGAAAAACAACCGUUGCAAAAGUUGUGUAUAACCAUAUUUUCCUCCAAUCUAAAGGAAGUUGUUUUCUUGCAAAUGUUAGAGAAGUUAUAGGAAAACUCAAUGGCCUAGUUCAAUUGUAUGAAAUAAAGUUCAUCCGAAAAAUUGUUAAAGAUGUUUUAUGUGAACUGAAACAUACAUUCCUAAAUGUCGUUGUGCACCCAAUUGGAAUAGAUUCUCGUGUUGAACACAUAAAUUUGAUGUUGUGCAUUGGAUCAGAUGAUGUUUGCAUGAUUGGGCUAUACGGCUUGGGUGGAAUAGGAAAAACAACCAUUGCAAAAGUUGUGUAUAACCCUAUUUUCCUCCAAUUUAAAGGAAGUUGUUUUCUUGCAAAUGUUAGAGAAGUUGCAGGAAAAAUCAAUGGCCUAGUUCAAUUGCAAGAACAACUUCUUUUUCAAUUAUUUUGGACAAAGAAUUUAAAGAUUGGCAUUGUUGACAGAGGAUUUAAUUUGAUGAAAGAAAGGCUCCAUUCUAAAAAGGUUCUCAUUGUUCUUAAUGAUGUGGAUCAAUCAAGUCAAUUAAAUACCUUGGUAGGAAAUCGUGAUUGGUUUGGUCCAGGAAAUAGAAUCAUUUUAACAGCUAGAGAUGAGCACUUGUUGAUGGGAUUGAAAGUUGAUGAAAGAUAUAUGCCUGAGGAAUUAAAUCACAUAGACUCUCUGCAGCUUUUCAAUUGGCAUGCUUUUAGAGAAACCAAUCCGUUAGAAAAUUUUGCAGAGCUUGCAAAUGAUAUAGUAAGUUAUGCUGGAGGGCUUCCACUAGCUCUUGAAAUUUUGGGUUCUUAUUUGUUUGGAAGAAACAUCCUAGAAUGGAAAAGUGCACUUGAUGAAUUACAAGAAAUUCCUCAUCAUCAAAUUCAAAAAAAAAAAACUUGGGAUAAGUUUUGA